AGAAGCUCUCUUCAAAAGCUGGUGUGCAGCCGCUCAGUCGGAGCAGAGGAGCAGCGGGAGGACAGCACACAGACAAGGAGAGAGACACAGACGGAGCUGAGCUGUUAAAAUUGCCAGACUCGUUCUGGUGCGCGUAAAAGACGCCUUUCUGUUUUUACGCACAGCAAAAAGGGGGAAACGUGCAAAGAUUAAUAUGGAAGUUUCGACUUCAAAUACUUUUUCUGAUUCGUUGACUUUAUUAUUUGUAGGAGAGCGGACUCUCCGCAGACUACAACUGUACACUUAGAAACGAGCGUGAAGCUUUCGGAAACUUUCCAACAUUCACUUUGCGUUUGGAAUCGUUAACUUAGUCGUGUAAUUAAUUGGGGUUAUUUAGUGACAAUUUCGCUUGUAAACAGUAAAAUGGAUCUUUUAUUUAGUACCACCAAUGCGCCAAAUUGGACCAGCAGCUCCAAUGACACCAAUAACGGGACCAUUUACUGGAACCAGUUUGUGCAGCCGGUCUGGAAAAUCGUCCUCUGGGCCAUUGCCUACAGCUGUAUAGUUAUCGUGUCCGUAGUAGGUAACAUCACAGUCAUCUGGAUUAUUAUGGCGCACAAACGCAUGAGGACUGUCACCAAUUAUUUUCUCCUGAACCUCGCGUUCGCCGAAGCGUCCAUGUCUGCAUUCAACACGGUGAUCAACUUCACCUACGCGGUGCACAACGAGUGGUACUUUGGACUCGACUACUGCCGCUUCCACAACUUCUUUCCGAUCGCGGCUGUGUUUGCCAGCAUCUAUUCAAUGACUGCCAUCGCUCUGGACAGGUACAUGGCCAUCAUCCACCCUCUGCAGCAGCGCAUGUCCUCCACAGAGACCAUGGUGGUGGUGGGUGUGAUCUGGGUUCUGGCUCUGCUCCUGGCUUUUCCUCAGUACUACUAUUCCAACACGGAUGAGGUCUAUGGCCGAGUGGUGUGUUACAUCGACUGGCCAGAAUACACUGUGUUUGACUUCAAAAAGAUGUACUACGUGUGUGUGGUCAUCCUCAUAUAUUCCUUUCCACUGCUGUUGAUGGGUUGUGCUUACCUGGUGGUGGGACUGACACUCUGGGCCGGUGAGAUCCCUGGGGACUCUUCUGACCGCUACAAGGAGCAGCUGACUGCCAAACGCAAGGUGGUGAAGAUGAUGAUUGUGGUGGUAUGUACUUUUGCCAUCUGCUGGCUGCCCUACCACGUCUACUUCCUGCUGCAGCAGUUCUUCCCCGAAAUGUUCGAGGAAACGUACAUCCAGCAGGUCUACCUUGCUAUCAUGUGGUUGGCCAUGAGCUCUACCAUGUACAACCCCAUCAUCUACUGCUGCUUAAAUGACAGGUUUCGAGCUGGGUUUAAACAAGCAUUCUACUGCUGCCCCUGCGUCCCUCAAGGCUCCUAUGACGGCCUCGAACUCAAGUCCACUCGCUAUCUUCAGACCCAGACAAGUGUUUACAAAGCCAGCAGGAUGGAGACCACCGUGUCUACUAUUCUACAGGUUGGGAACGAUGUAGAGCAGCCCAAGGUGAAAGUUAUAGGAGGCCCAGGGCCUAGCGGGGCUGUGGUUGAGGCCAGACCACACAGCUCCUCCCUGGACCUCACCUCAAAUGGCUCAUCAUCCUGGAGUGUCUCCAAAACAGUGUCAGAGAUGUCGAGUUUCUACUCCAGUAGCAACCUGGAGGAAUAGACUUCAAGUGCAGGCAGCAUUUUUCUGGACAGCAGGGAGAGAAUGUAAGUUGAGUGAUCACUUUGCUGCUUUUGCCUGCGUGUGUUUAUGAAAAGUACAGCGGGAAUAUGUGAGUUUGUCUGCCGGUAAAUGUGAGUUUUUAAUGAACACAUUUCCAGUGCGUUUGCCGGAAUGUCAUGCUGGGAAAUAUUGUCCCUGUUCACAGAACUGUAGUUUCACCUAGUUAUCCAAUUCAGAGCUAAUGGUCGGCUGGCAUUCGUAGGAUUUGCCAGGUGCCAGAAAGCAAUGGCGCGAGCUUCAACAACAUGAGCACAUGCCAGUUUCAAAAAGCCAACUGAAACCGACGGUAGCGCCUCCAUUCUUCACAGCUUGUGCAUGUCCCCCCAGUCAUCUCUCAGAGCAGAGAGAAGGUUCACACAUGCUCCAUCACGUAGGCUGCGUGACUUCUCACAGUCUAUUUUAGAGCGAAGCUGUCACACGAUGCCAACACACUGCUAUAAAAACAGCGACUUCUCCUUUUAACAGAGGGGUUUUCUCCAAAGAGACAAAGCUUGGGUUUUGAAAAAAGUGAAGGCAACCUGUUUUAAACAGGAGUUCUCUAACAGACACUGGAACACAGGCAGAUGUGGGAUUUUAGUUCAAAGGGUCUCCCACAAGGGGAGAUAAGAACUGUAAACAACAAAGGAAAAUCUACUCCGAACUUGCCAGCUCUGUCUCCCUGAGCAGGACUUCAUGAGCAGACCAACAUGCAGAGCAAGCGCCUGUCUGAUUGAAGAAGCACUCAAAAGAUCCUCUGCAGGUGUUGCUGAAAAGUUCUGGCAAUCAGCAUAAACACCAGCAGUGUGGGACUCCCCCAUCAUCAGGCUACUCAUUGACUUCAGCAGCUGGCAGCACCAUUUCUAGAAAACAGAGGCGCUUCAGAUGCUAAAGAGGCUGCUGUUUCAAGAGAAGGCAAACAUUUUAAAACCCCACAUGCCCGAUAUGAACCCUUAAAUGAUGUGAGCCCACCGUUAAAUCUACUCAACACAGUCCGGAAAAGAAAUAAUCGAGUGUUCUGCAGAACUAUUUGUAGUCUGUUUAACAUGCUCCUCCUCCAUCAGACACAUAACGCUUCAUUGGUGAACUGAAAGCCAGGCGCCGCUUUCAGAGUGUAAAACUUUUUUGGAAAGUUUUUUUUAGCUGGCACCAACAUAAAAUGAUCUUUUCAAGCAAUCGUUCACCCUAAAAUCAGAUUUAUUGGGCUUUCAGUUCUGGGCGUUCCCUGGGAUAAUCCAGCAAACCACUUCAGUUUCACUUUGUCUGUUAUGGUCUUUUAUUUUCUUAUAUUUCUAUGUUAGCAUUAUCGUUUUCUCCCUACACUGUUUUGGGCUGAAUCUGGUACAUUAUGUGGGUAGACUCCAUUGUUAAAAUGGCCGAAGUGAACUUUAACUUCCUUUGCAUGAGGUGUCACUGGAAGCUUGUUUCAAAUACUGUUUAAGCUGUCAGUCCAAAAUGUAAUCCAGCUACAACAGGACACAAGUUAGUAUCAGGUUUAAAGUUCUUUGCAGACUUUUUGUCCUUGGAUGUGCAGCUUGUUACCUGUGGCUCUUUAAUGUGCAGUAAUGCACCUUGCUGCUUUUCAUAAUGUCUGAAACAAAACAAAAAAACAACCAAAAACACACACACACACACACACACACACACACACUACACAAAAACCAAAAAGACAUAAAAACAAAAUUUUCCUUUUGGAUCAGGUGAUCCUGAAAACCCACAUUAGUCACACUGCAAUAGGUCUCGGCUGCUGAGGGAUUCCCAUGAUGCAUUGAGUGUUUCUUCUUCAAUCACCUUCUCCACUCACUAUGUGUUUAUACACCUUUCUGCAUUUAAUUAUUCCUGUUAAAAGGGAGUUUUUCCUUCCCACCGGUGGCUGUGUUGCCAAAUAGUGGGAAGUUGUUGGGGUUUUCUUCAUUUUUUUUAUAUUAUUGUAGGGUCAUUACCUUAUAAUAAAAAGCGCCUUGAGGGAACUGUUGUUGUGAUGUGUCGCUAUAUAAAUAAAAUUGAAAUCAAAAGCCCACAAGGACAAACUGUCAUUACCUCCUACAGCAGUAAACACUCAAAUGUCUACAUAUAACUGCUGUAAUAACAAAAUGCAGUGAGGUGCAAAGCUAUGGUGACACUGUUCUCACAGUAGAAAAACUGUAAAUACUUUUAACAACUGUAAUGAAAUUUUAAGAUGUUUUUUUGCUGCUAUAGCUGUGAAAGAGUUCACACUGCAGGAUAUUUGUAUACAGAUAUUCUGCAGUGUUCUUAACAGCUAAAUUCACAACAAUUUACAUAUUUGCUGGAUGCAGAGCAAACACACAGCCUCAGAUACGCACAUCCACAGCACUGCAGAGCUAUCACUUAUCAGACAAGAACACACAGAGCAAGAAAGACUAAAUCCAUUUGAAGUAUUUCAGUGAUUUUUUUUUUAAACUGAAAGUAAGUAAACCGUUAUUGGCAUUUUUUUUACUUGCUAUGCACUGAGAAUCAAUUCACUGCUAUCACAUACUGAACACAGUAUGGAGCAGCCCUUGGUUAAAUAUGUUCCAAGAUGGAUAUUGUUUUCAGUGUGUGCAUACAACACGUGUACACAUGACCAGAGAGUGAUCACCUGCUGACACCCAUCAAUGAUUUUCGUACAGACGCACAUACCGCUCACAUGCUCCCCGCUGAUUGCUGGUCUAUUCUCGGCACACAAGGCCUGUUGUUAUAAAUUCCAGUGUCAGCUGACUUGAAAGUGAGAAGCUGUUGUGAAGCAACAUAACUACAUUGGAUUCAAUAAAUUCUGUCGCUUUUUUCACCGCAUUGUCUUGUUGACAGUGAACCAUACAGCAUCUAACAUGCACACUGUGCACGAAUAACAGAAGGUCACAUUCAGUGCGGGGAGGGAAAAUGAAAGGCAAAUACCAGACGUGUCAUCACCCGAGUUAACAUUCCAGUGUUUCACCGUGGCAAAGCGGCUAGUAAUAAACCCAACAUAGCUAAACAGAGUCAUCGGUUGAGUGAUAAGACCAUCAGAAUAAUAGCUUUGAGAUUUCAUAUGCACAUACCGGACAGCCAUGUUGAGUGACAGUCCAGUGCAUCUACUCAAAAGGAAGAAGAUUCAAAGAAGAAUAGUUUUCCAUUAAAUUAGCAUGCUUGUCCAGCUAAGGCCCCUGGUGCUCACAUUCACACCUACACACCAUUUAGAAUCACCCGUUACCCUAACAAGGAUACAUUUAGACUGUGGUGGUGGUGAUGGGGUUCAAGACAGGUACAGGAUGUAUUAUUCUUUUUUUAUGAAAGUACAAUGGCAGGUGCUGUUGUACCAUUCAAAGAUGGUACAAUAAUACCACCGACCGCCAGCUCUGACAGCAGAUAUGUAACCAAGCAACAGAAAACAGGUGUGACCGUAUUCUGCACUGGAUAGGAAAGUUAGGACGGAAGAAUGAGCGGAAGCGAAUGGAUGGAUGGAUGGAUGCCUAAAUAUCUAAAUAUUUGUCUCAACAAAUCAUGUCAACUAUAUCAGUUGACUAAUUGGCCUCAGUCUGCCAUGUCUGAAUAAAAAAAGAACUGGAAAUCACACUGGAAAUUGCAAUAACUACAAUUUGCAGUUGCAUCACCAGGACAAGUAUUGUGUUUCUCAUUUGAGUCAACUAAAGUAAUGAAUUCAUUUCAAUUCAGUUCAGUUUUGUUUAUAUAGCAACCUCUGACAGCCAUCUGCUGCAUCUAGUUGGGGGGGAGGAAAGGAAGACAGGACAAACGAGAAUUGGAAAGCUGUGUAAAAAUGUCAAAUAUAUUCAAUAGUUUAAACACUUAUUUUAUUUCUCUGUAUUGCUUGAAAAUUUGUUUUGAAUUUGACAGCAACAUAUUUUUUUUUUUAAAUAAAGUUGGGAUGAUGGCAACAAAAGGUUGAAAAGAUAAGCAGUGUGAAAAUCAGCUGGAGGAAUAUUUUGCAACUAAUUAGAUUAAUUGGCAGCAAGUCAGAAACAUGACUUCAUACUUCCUCAGAAGUAAAGAUGGACACAGGUUCACCAGUCUGCAAAACAACUGUGGAACAAUUUCAGAAUAAUGUUUGUCAAUGUAAAGCUGUGAAGACUUUGAUUAUCUCAUCAUCUACAGUACAUAAUAUCAUCAACAGAGUCUGAGAAUCUGAAGAAAUAUCUGUGUGCAAUGGUCAAGGCCAGAAAUCAGUGUUAUAUGAUCUCUGGGCCCUCGGGUUUUCUCAUGCAAAAUAGAAGUCGAACGUGAACAUGAUCCCUGCUGUUGUCAUAGACAGCAGUGUGUGUCAUUUAAAAUGGCCAAGCAUAAAACUUCAACAUAUUGAAAUGUCACACAUCUAAUUGGCUUUCCUUACAUUAUCAGAUACUAGCAGCGGCAAAAAAAUACGCCUGGAGAAUUAAAGUGUUUCAAGUUUAAAGAAUGGUGUAGUCCAGCACAAGACGUAUAUACAUA